UCUGAGUCUCACUCAAAGCAUCAUGGUUUCAAAGUCGUUUGCCGAUUAAUCUCGAACAAUGAGACCUUGUAAUGAUUUUACCACCAGCAAAGAGCAUCUUUUUUACCUUUUUAUUCUCAGACCUUUCAUUAAAUAUGUGUAUUUAAUACAUACAUUCAUACAUACUAGGUAUAAGAAAGCAUAAAAAACUAUAAAAGUCCGACAUAUUGGAUUAAGAGUGAUGUCAGACUAUUAUUCUAAUUGGUUUCGGCAGGCCCUUUAUUUUGAUAUCAUACCGACUGUUCUGAAAUGCUAUUAUAGGCUAAAAUUUUAGGUCUAAAGAGAUUUAAGUUCCCUGUAUCCCAAGGUCCUAACGCAGACAUUUAACGCAGUGCUGCAUGCGCGAGGUUCGAUCUGGAACUCGUAUCGGGCAUUUGUGCACGACACGGAUUAAUUAAGUGCAGUCAGAAAAACAGUUUCUGAAGAGGCGUCAAUAUGUUCUGUGCGCUUUGGGUCACGCGUGCAUUGAGCGUGGCCGAACAAGGCAGACACGCGACCUCGCCACGCGGCCUCGCGACCACGUGCAUAGGGGAUAAUCCCAACCUAGAGCAUAGCCGCCAAAUAAAUAAAUUAACCAAAGCCAAUGAAGAAAGCAAUGAAAACCGCGGUUUCUGUACUCGUAUGUUGAUUUUGUGGAAUUAAGACUCAUGUGAUUUUUUUAUUUAGAUUUGAAUUUAUUAGGGUUAUUUAAUUUUUUAGUCUGUUGAUAAAUUAUAUUUUUAUUUGCAAAUCAAGGGUAACAAAAAUGUGGUAAAGCCGUUUAGUAUUUGUAACAUUAAGAAUAAAAAAAACUCGGGGAACUUUUUUAAUAGGCGGAGUCUUGUAAUUAGCAUAGUUUUUAUAUAUUGAAACAUAUGUAAGUUUACUCUAUAUUUCACUGUAAGAUCGCCGAAAAUAAAAUAAAUAAAUAAAAUACUAAGCACCUUAGCUAGGUUGAUUACUAGUAGGCACCUGUUAAGAUAUAAUGUAUCUAUCUUUUAGCAACUUUAAAAUAACUAUUUUUUGUUAUUUUAAAGUUGCAUGUAUGACAUGGAUUCGAUUGAAAUUCGGGUUAAAAUGUCAGAUGCAGGUGGUGAAUCCAAACGAACCACUACAAACUACUUAUAAGGGGACAAAUACUAGAUCCCACAAGUGGCUGAAGGAUUUCAGGCGUAAAACUAUCAAACAUGUUCGCGGGGCGUGGCGGCGCGUGGCGGACGCGCGCCCGUCCCCGGCAGCCCCGGGCCGCGACAAAUCAAUUACAGGGGGCGACUUCCGAAUGAGAAUUAGCGCAAAAUUAUAGUCGUCCGCGAAAUUACUUGUUUAUAUUAGGGCGAUUCGCUAAUUUGUAGACGCGAAUGUAGAUUGCCCGUUAAGAGUUCACACGCCGCCCAGCUUGUAGUCGGUUAUUAUUAAUGACAUUGUUUUUUGUAUGACCCUACUUAGUGUGCUGUUCUGGUAGGCCACACACCCUUGGGUGCAGGCACACUACUAGAUUUAUAUGUUUUAUUGUACACCUUAGAAAAUCCAUAAAAACAUAUAAAGAAUAUACUUAUGUAAGAAUAAAUUAAACUUAGUAUGAGAUUUUUGUUCGCAGACUCGUAACACGCGGUCGCGUUGAAGGGUGUUCUUUGUCAUUCUACGUGAUACUUAUCCAUGUGUAUGUACUAAUAAUGUACCAAACUAAUAUAAUAUAUCUAAGUGAAACCACAUAACAGAGGCUAGUGAAGAAAAUGGCUUCUAAAUGGUUCAAGUGGGGUUCUGACUGAAACCAGCAGGCGGCAGCGUGCGUUUUAUGGGAGCUGUCAGCGGCAGGCUCGGCGCGAUGGAGGUCGGGGGCGGCAACAUCCACACCAGUCCGGAUUGAAGAAGGCGGUAAAGAAGAUUUCCACGUUUACCUUAUAAUUAUUUUAUUCAAAAAUCCCAAAAUAAUUUUAUUCAUUAUAUGCAUCCACCAAAAGAAAAGAAAGCACCGUACCUAUGUGCUAUUCUACCCUUGUACACAAUUUUAUCUAAACGCUUCAAAUUUUGCGUGAAUGUAUAACAAACAUCCUCCGCACUCACUGCAAACUUACGUGGUAGCAGCACGGUAAUCAUGGCGUCAGAGCAAAUUUUAAAAAUAUCCCUACUUUUCCCCGACUUUCCCUGACCAUAUUUUUUUAAAUUUCCUGACCAUUGCUUUGAAAAUAUCUAUAAGUAUUUUACGAAAAAGUUUACACUAAAACAAACAAGUUCCUAGUUUUAGUACAAAAUAUUAUUAUAUAAAUUAUUGGCUAUCCACUAGAUUGUAGGUACACGACGAGGAAGCAAAGUUUGCUAUGUACGGUUUCGCUAUGUGUUCUUAAACUUUGUCUUGUUCUUGAAUUUCACCCUGAAAUCUGAAAUAUUUUUGUAAUGACGCCAAAGACUGCUCCAUCAAGAGCAUUGAAAGAUGAAAGUGUUAGGAGUGGGAAAUGGCAGGUAAUAAUUUGGGGUCAAGGAACACAUCCAAUUUUAUAAUUACCACGAUAUUUUUCAGACAAAAUCACAAUUUUCCCUGAUUUUUCAGGUUACCCGACUUUCCAGUAGGUAAGUGGUAUUACGGUAAUACAGAUAAACCUAUAUGCUUACAAAUUAGAAUUUAUUCCAUUAUUAAUAUAAAUUAACACUACAAGUACAUAUAAAUUAUUCUAGGGUAAAUUUCACGAGCGUUUGAACGCGGUGUAUGAGCGUAUUAUAAUAGAUAGUCAAGACAAUAUUAUUUAAUAAAACAUCAUUUUUUUUAAUUAAUCAUUCAUAAAAUUAACAAUGUAGCAGUACUUUUCUUAUUUGUAAAAUAGGAUAAUUAAAUUAAUUACUGUCUAUGGUAAAAUUUAAUAAACAAAUCGCUCGUGAAAUUCACCUUGAAAAUAAUAAUUCAAAUAGUUAAAACAAACAAAUAUAUACAUAACUUCUAACAUUUUUUAUUUUUCAGAAGGCUUUUCAAAAAUAUAGUUUGCAGCUUUAUCUUGGAAAUCUGUAUAGCCCCGCCCCAUUCGUCCCUAACAGUAGCGCCUCCCACAUGACAGGGUCGAGACUUGGGCAACAACACUAUAGCUACUCCAAAAUAACCUCUUUACCGAUAUAGUUAAGGUCUACUGUAGUAAUAGCCAAAUUUUGCCACGCACACUACCCUCUAGCAUUCGCCCUGUCUCGUAACCACCCCUGUACUAUAAAAUUGUUUACUCAUACAGAUUCAGUUCAGUUUCAAUCGUAUUUUUAGAGUGACUUGUUUAUCUGGUGAUAAGUAUAAAUUAAGAAAUGUCUGCAACCAGAGCGCAGUUAGCAGAUUCUUCAACAUCGCCCCCACUGAGCAACCCGAGUCGUCGUAUCGACUACUCUGGGUUAAAAUUCGCGUACGACGGAUCGGACGACGAGAGUCCACCCCUGGCAACGGAGCUGCCUUCGUGCGUGUACGCCGCGGCGAGGAGCCGCUUGCAGCUCCCCCUGGCCGCCUACGUGCACCAACACAGCAGGCAGCUUCACCCAGAUGUGCUGCUAGAGACAGCAACGGAGACAGAGUACCAGUGCGGCGGAUCCCCGUAUCGCGUGCAGCGCGCCGCAGCCAACGUGCGCGAGCGCAGGCGCAUGCUGAGGUCCGCCCCCAAUGGCAGUAUAAACUCGGCGUUCGAUGAACUGCGCGUCCACGUGCCCACUUUUCCCUACGAGAAACGCCUCAGCAAAAUCGACACUCUCCGGCUCGCUAUCGCCUAUAUUGCUCUGUUGAGGGAGGUAUUGGAUGCGGAUUACGAUCCGUUGACCUAUGUAGAGAAAUGUCUGCGAGGCGAAAUCAAAGCUGAUAGGGCGCACUGGAACACAAGUGAUCUGACGGCUCGUUUGUCGUGGAUCAACUGGGAGAACCUGGGCGUGAACCCUCAGCGCCGCAGCGUCCUCACCUCACUGGCGCUCAGCUCCGACAACAUGCAAUAUGCGCAUAACUAACUCCGCAGCGACAUCAUACCGGCUGACUAUCGCCGAACUCAGACAUAUGCGUAGUUUGUAUAAGAACCUAUAUUAUCCACAACGAAUAACCAGCACCGUACGUCGAAACCACAGUUCGGCGAACUGUUUGCCGUGCCGAUAUUGUAAUGGAUCUUGGGCGUACCUAACUUGUUCGCCAGGGUGUGCGCUUAUACGCCUCCUUUUUGAAAAAGCUUAUUCGGGAAAAAAAUAAAGAAUUCUCUAAUUCUUAUUGCCUACGCCGAGAUUUUACUUAUAUAAUACUUUUUACAAAGACAAUUUACCGCAGUUAGGCCUGGGAAUGUUGUUUAGGCGUAUGAGUUUAAUCACACUGGCCUGUGCCAUAUUAGUCUAACCAUAGCACUUUUUGUAAUACAUAAGUUAGAAUAAGUCGAAAAUCACACUUUAAUCAGUCAAUUAUGUUGAAGUGAAUGCAAUAGUUUUACGUUCUCAAUUAUAAAUAUGUUCAAAUCAUAAUACAGGGCAAAUUUACAAAGUUGUUAAAUACCAUUUGAUGAUUAAGUAUAUAGGUAUUGGUAAAAUAAAUACCAUACAAUUAGUAUUGAUUGAGACAGUAGUGUCGUGAACAUUUGUGAAUUUCUUUUUUGGUAAUAUAUUUGUUUUAAGCAUGUUACAAAGCCGUAAUAUUAUUAUAAGUAUUUGAGUUUAGUCAAAAUGGUGCAAUGUAAGUACAUAUAAUAGUUGAGGGUA